UAUUGUAUAAGGCACACGACUCUUCGUCUUUCAACUAACUGUACUUUAUCUGACCAGAAAGCGGUUUGUUGCGUGACAACGCAUUAUUAAUAUUAAAUACCGGGUAUUAAAGUGAAUAUCAUCUGAACUGGACUUGAAACGUCCUCCACCGGCUCGCUUUAGCUGCGUUAGCUACGCUGACGUUAGCUCCUCCAUGGCACCUCUCCGGGUCCUGUGUAUCCACGGCUACCGUCAGAACCGAACCUCCUUCCGCGAGAAGACGGGAGCUCUGCGGAAGCUGUUGAAGAAGCAGGUGGAGCUCGUUUACCUGAGCGCACCGCACUGUGUGCGGCAAGCCGGCGGAGGAGAAGCUCCGGAGGAAGAGAACACGGGACCCGGAGGCGACGAAGACUCGAGGGGUUGGUGGUUUUCUGAUGUCCAGGCUCUGAGUUUUAGUGCUCAGCAGCAGUGUGAGGAAAGCCUGGGGCUCGGCGACAGCGUGACGGCUGUGAGGGAAGCUGUGAAGAACGAGGGUCCGUUCGAUGGCAUCCUGGGCUUCAGUCAGGGAGCAGCGUUCGUGGCCAUGUUGUGCUGGCUUCAGGAGCAAAAACUGGAGCCAGACUUCAACUUCCGCUUCUCCAUCCUCGUCGCUGGUUUCCGCAGCGCAUGCGAGGAACACACAAAGUUCUACAGCCCUCCGCUCCAGAUCCCCUCCAUGCAUGUGUUUGGACUGGAGGACCGAGUCAUCCCCGACCGCAUGAGCAGGGAGCUCCUCCCCUCCUUCCAAGAGCCUCAGGUCUUGACACAUCCUGGUGGGCAUUUUGUCCCGGCUGCAUCUGCUCACAGACAAGCCUACCAGGCCUUUCUCAAGAGGUUCCAGUGAGAAUCCAAAGUGUCAGAAACUCGAUCGGGUGCCAAAUAAGUGAAGAGGCACGAAUCGGACUCGAGCACUAAAACAAGGCAAAAGAAUUUUGAUCAUUUGGUAUUCAAAACAAAUCUUGUGAUGUCGUAAUUGAUUCCCGAGACCCUCUGGGUCGUGAGUCAUGUUCUCUGACCUCUGGAAGCCAUCCGAUCGUAUCCAUCCAAACAAAUGACUGCUGUCCUUCUCAGGGAAGAUAUCUCGCAACAGACAAUACAAUAAAAAUGUUUAUUUAAUGAAUUCUGAUCUUUUGUUCAAGUCACCCUUAAGACUAUUGCUUAAGUCAUUGUGAAUGCAUUAACUUUUUUUGUAAUUUAUGUUUUAAUUUAUCACAGCAUGAAAACAUGUGUGACAAAGCUUU